AUGAUUCUAUUCCCAUUUGGUCGCAAUGCUGAGAGGCAGUAUACUCACUUUGCACUCACUCCGCGACGUGAAGAAGAAAUCCGUCGUUCCGCUGUUUACCUAGGUCACAACGAGAACGUCCCAAGACCUCGUCGCUUAAUCCAUCUCAAGGGCCUCCGUCCGGGUCAGGGAGAGUCCAAGAACGACGUGCACGGGACGGGCGGGGGCGCUUCAUGUCUCCCGUUGCCACUGAAGACCACACCCGCUUGUUGCAUCUCCCCACCCGUCGUCGUGCCGCGCCUCACGGCGUCCGUGAUUGUGGACGUGGGUAAAGGCGCCGACGGUGCCAAGCCGUCCCGUCUCCGAGCCGCUCAUGACCCUAAGCAAGAUAGCGUGAAGCGCCGCCGCGCCGUCAAGUGA